AUGAGGACCAGCGUAUUGCGCCAGGCCGGCCUCUGCCGUGCCGCCCUCGCUGCCCGCCAUCUCCAGAUCUCCUCCAAGCCCUCGGCCGCCCUCUUGAGCCAGGUCACCCGCGCCGCCGCUGUUCAGUCCCUUCCCUCGGCCUCCCUUCCCCGCUUCUACUCGGCCGAGGCCACUGUCCAAAGCAACACUGCUGCCUCCAAUGGCCUCGUUACCCGCUUCGCCGACCUCGCCUCCCUGGGUGUUCAUGAGAACGUCGUCCGCGCCAUCACUCAUGGCAUGGGUUACGAGAACAUGACCGAAGUCCAGUCUAUGACCAUCAGCCCCGCUCUCAAGGGCAAGGACAUUGUUGCUCAAGCCAAGACCGGAACUGGCAAGACGCUUGGUUUCCUCGUCCCUGUGAUCCAGAAGAUCAUCGCCCAAGAUCCCGAUCUCGCCCACAGGUUUGGUGGCAAGAGAGCUCGUUCUGAUGACAUUCGCGCCAUCAUCAUCUCGCCAACCCGCGAGCUUGCGGAGCAGAUCGGAGAGGAGGCCCGUAAGUUGGUCAAGGGAACCGGUGUUAUCGUCCAGACUGCCGUUGGUGGUACCCAGAAGAACGCUAUGCUGUACAAGACCCGCCAGCAGGGCUGCCAUAUCCUUGUUGGCACCCCCGGUCGCCUGAACGAUUUGCUUUCCGACAGCCACAGCGGCAUCGACGCCCCCAGACUCUCGACCCUUGUUCUCGACGAGGCCGAUAGAAUGCUCGAAGUUGGUUUCGACGAGGAGCUUCGCCAGAUCAUCAACUACCUUCCCGAUCGCAAGGUUCUUCCCCGCCAGACUCUGCUUUACUCUGCCACCAUUCCCAAGGAUGUUGUUGGUCUCGCCAGAAGCUACAUCGACAAGAACAACUUCGAGUUCGUGCAGACCGUCAAGGCCGAUGAGGUCCUGACCCACGACCGUAUCCCUCAGUACAUCGUUCCCUGCAAGGGUUUCGAGAACAUCUACCCGACCAUGCUGGAGCUCGUGGAGAAGGCCAUCAACGAGUCCAAGACUAACCCCGAGGCUCUUCCUUUCAAGGCCAUCGUCUUCUUGCCUACUACCGCUGAGGUUAUCAUGGCCAAUGCGAUCUUCAAGCGUCUUCAGUGGAAGUUCAGGUACAUUCCCAAGACUUGGGACAUUCACUCCAAGCUCACCCAGGGCGCCAGAACUCGUGCCGCCGAGGAGUUCAAGAACGCUCGUACCGGUAUCCUCUUCUCCUCCGACGUUACCGCCAGAGGCAUGGAUUUCCCCAACGUUUCCCACGUCAUCCAGACCCACACGCCCCCCAACAGGGAGCAGUACAUUCACCGUCUCGGACGUACCGGCAGAGCCAACAAGCCUGGCCAGGGCUGGCUUAUCGUUCCCGACAUCGAGCUCCACGUGGCAAGAAGCAGACUUCCCGGUCUCCCCAUCAAGCGUAACGACGAGCUCGAGUGCGCUUCCGUCAACGCCGCUGAUUCCGGUGCUGACAAGCCCGCCAACUUCGAGCACAUCCUUGAUGCGGCAUCCAGACUCCCUGAGGAUCUCUUCAGGGACUGCUACUCGUCCUACCUCGGUGGUGCUCUUCAGAGCGUCGAUCGCCAGGCUUUGGUCUAUGCUCUCAACGACCUCGCCAAGUUCGGUUGGGGCUUGCCGGAGCCUCCUGCUGUCCGCGCGAGCAUCAUGAAGCACAUGGGCCGUGUCCAGGGUCUGAGAGUCGAGACCAGAGAGCAUUCUAUGCGCCCCAUGGGUAGCGGACCUGGCCACCGCCGUGAUCUCCCCCCGCCCCGCCGUCGCCAGUCCGAUGAUCCCUUCGAGAACGUCCUCCACAGGGCUCAGGACCUCGAUCGCCGUCCUACCCGCCGCCAGCAGGCCAGCUUCUAA